AGUUCUCUUUGAGGAUCAUAUAAAAGUGGCCGUUCUUUCCUCCAUACAACAUACACAGUCUUCUUUCCAUCGGGAACAGUUGUGAUCUCGUCUCGACUUCAUUUUCAUUCGAAAAGUUUUUGAAGAAUCAAACAGUGAAACCAUGUUCAAAUACGUUGUUGUUGUUUUGUUCGCCCUUUUGGCUGUAAGCUUGGCAGCUCCGGCACCGGCUCCAGCUCCUAAACCUCAGUUCCUCGCCGCAGCACCUUACGCAUACCCUGGAUACGCCGCCUACACUGCACCGUAUGUGGUCAGCCCAUACUCCCUAGGAUAUAGUGGACUAGCAUAUGGAUAUGCCUAUCCAUACACAUUCUUUUAGAGGUAGAAUUUGUCUAGUUACUCAGUAGUUCUAGUUACCAUUAGCCGAUUGCAACUGACUUCCAUUAUACGAGUACGAGUACUGUUAAAACAUACAAAACAAUGUAAAGUGUUCAAUUUGUUCUUUGAUAAAUUAUUAAUAAAAGCGUUUUACCACUUAAA